CAUAAACGAGCAACUCAGUCCAAGGUGAAAAUAGAACGUGCCAAAUUUCCAAAUUUUAUAAUUUUUGUUUAAUUUCAAAUAAUUGAACAGGAUGGCAACUGAUAAUGUGAGCAAUACCAGCGACUCUGAACUUUGUGUGGUUUGCUACAAAAAAGUCGAGAUCUAUUCUAUAGGCAUUUGCGAUCAUGCAGUCUGUUUUGAAUGCUCCACCAGAAUGAGGAUUUUGUGUAAGCAAAAUGAAUGUCCCAUAUGUAGGAGGGAAUUACCCAAGGUCAUCUUUACCAAAAACAUUGAGCCUUACUCCAUUAUCUACCCACGCUAUGAACGUUCUAACCUUCAAGAAGCUAAAUUUGGCAUACUGUUUUGCACAACAGAGAUUCAAAAGGCCUAUCAAAAACUCCUUGAGCAUAAGUGCCACAUAUGCGAAAGAAAUGGACAAAACUGGUCUUUUAAAUCAUUUGUACAGCUCAGGGAUCACAUGAGAAGGGAACAUGAGAUGUUUUAUUGUGAUAUCUGCAGCGAACAUUUGAAAAUUUUCAGUUUUGAAAGGAAAUGCUAUACUAGAGCCGAGCUGGGGUAUCAUAGAAGAAAAGGGGAUAAGAAUAACACUUCCCAUAGGGGCCAUCCUCUUUGUGAAUUUUGCGAUAUGCGUUUCAUGGACAGCGAUGAUCUGUUUAGACAUUUGCGGAGAAAUCACUUGUUUUGUCACUUUUGCGACGCAGAUGGCAAAAAUCAGUAUUACAAUUGUAUGGAUGAACUUAUUAGACAUUUUAAAGCUGAACAUUUCUUAUGCGAAGAGGGAGAGUGUAAAAGUGUGCCUCUAGCAGCAGUGUUUAGAACUGAUAUUGAUUUAAAAGCUCAUAUUACAACAGAGCAUAGCAGGUUUAUGAGUAAGUCUGCUAACAGACAAGCCAGGACUUUAGAGUUAGAGUUCCAUAUGACGCCUAGGCCAAGAAGCGAUAAUGUGAGGACUAAACGGAAUAACGAACGCAGAGAUAGAUAUGAGACUGAUAACUUCUAUUCUUAUGAACCGGGAGGGGCUGAGGGUGGUGGGUUAGGGGGUCCUCAGCCUCAAGUGUUUGUCAACCCCUUAACAUCGGACCAGUUUCCUGCGCUCGGGGGCAGUUCUGGUGGCAAUUCUAAUAUUACUUUAGUAACCAAUAAAAACUACACUAAAUUUAGCAGUGGGGCAUUUAACAGUAAUGACUUUCCUUCAUUGGGAGGCUCUAAUAGUCGUCCGUCGCCGGCGGUAACAAUCAGAGCAAAUUCGGCAACUGGAUCGUCUGCACCCGAAGUUACGAUCACUAGGACCGUCCGCAAUCCGCAGCCCACGCAGACACAAAAAGAGAAUUUCCCAGCGUUGGGAGGUGGAUCUAGUAAGUCUUCGGGCAGCAGUACUGUUAGAUUAAGUGUAAAUAGCGCAAGCAAUAGCAGCAACUCUCAACAACCACCUCCGAAAGUCUCAAUUAAGGUAAACCAAAAAUCGAAUGGAGCAAUAAGUACACAUAUAACUGCAUCGACCUCAUCGCAAUCUCGUACAACUGAAGCAUUUCCGAGUCUCGGUAAAUCCAAACAACCAAUUGUGCCUACGGCCCAGUGGCGAGUACAACAUAAAAAUAAAAAGCCGGACGAACAAAAAGCAAACAAGGUGGCCCCUUGUCCGGUUCUGGAACCGUCUGAUAUUAAUUCUUUUCCCAGUUUGUCCAAAACGAAAAAUGAUAAGGUUAAGAAGACCUCGAGUGUCACUGUGCCUGUGGACAGCUGGGUGAAUUUGAAUACCAUGAAUAGUAAUUUGAAAAACGGGAAAAAGUCGGAUCAGAACUUAGUUGAAAAUGGUGCGCAGAGCAGCAACGGCAAUAUCAAAGGCAGUGGAGAUAGCAGCUCAGACAAGAAAAAAACGGACUCGACAAACAAAAAAUCCAAUUCAAACAAAGGGCCAUCUGAAAAAAGUUUAGCAGAUGGCAGGUCAAAACUGGAUGCGAAGUUAGAAAACCUCACUUUUGUCGAAUAUAAGAAACCUGAUGAAGGUACUAAAACAGACGACAAUAACAAAAAAUCUAAAAAAAAGAAAGAUAAAACAAUAGCGGAGACGAAAACUGAAGAGCCGACCAAAAAUGAAAUAAAAGAGGAUAACAAUAAAAACGGCAUGACGAAAAAGCGCUCAGAGUUAAAAAUAGGAAGUCUAAUAAACUCGAACAAUAAUAAUGAUUUCCCUAGUUUAGGAGGUACUAAGCCGCCUCCUGGUUUCACCUCCAAACCCGCUUCAGUUAAACCACCACCUGGCUUUAAUAAUUCGAGUUUUCCACCUCUUAGCUUCUCAAAUGAUCUAACAUUCACAAACUCUAGUGGGCAAAGUUACGCGAUAAGUCCAACUAGUAGCCAUGCAUACAAACAACCGCUCAAUUUUCAAAAUCGAAACCAAAACCUUAUAAAAUCCUUUAUGGAGGUAUUGAAUAAUAAUGAUUCGAUAAAGGAAUUUAAAAGUUUAUCAGAUAAGUUCAGGAAAGGCGAAAUCAAAGCCAAACAAUACUACGAUCAUUGUAAGAAAAUAUUAAACAAUAAAUUAGACGAUUUGCUUCCGGAAUUACUCGUUUUAUUGCCGGAUAUUGACAAACAACAGGAAUUGUAUCAACAAAUCAGCGGAAAGUGCAAAGAAAAAUUGUUGAUAUGUGAAAAUUGUGGACAGAUUAUUUUUAAAUGGGAGCUAAGUGAACAUUAUAAUCACCACAGGUUGGAAAACCACUUUCCCUCAUUGGGUUCUGCUCAGCAAAUCGAUUCGGCAUGGAAAAAGUAGUUAUGUUAACUCUGGUAAAGUGUAAUUGAUAUUUAGGUUAAUUAAAAAUUCAGGCUGACUAUUAAUGUGUAUGUUUUAAAUUGAGUAACUUUUCGUAAGUUCCUGUUUAUUAUAAUUGGAAUUGCAACUUUAAUGAUUUAUUAGUUUCUUUUGCUAUUUUACUAUGUAAUAAAUUUUGCUUGGGGAAUGGACUGCAUCUACAUUUUAAAUGUUUUUUCUUCUGAACGAACACAAAUUUAUUUAUAGAUUGAAGAAAUGUGAUUUUUAUUUUUGUCUUUGAUUAAUAAGCGUUUUGUUGAUCACAAUCAACAGUACGGUGUUGUGUGUAUUUUAGAAAUUUGAUACUAAUUUCAUAAAAUAAACCAUAGAGUACAUAGAUAUGUACCUACUAAGUAUUUGUAAUACUAUUUUUUUAACACAAGUAAUUUUAAGAAACAUGUUACCACAUUAUAAUAAUUUUUGUAUAAUAGUUUUCGUUUGGAAUGAAGAAUUAUAAGGUCCGAAAAGUCUGGUUGUAAAAUACAGAGCAAUAAACUUUUAAUUGUUAAACGUAAGUUAUGUUACUAAACCAAAAAAGGACAGCGUCGUAACUUUAAGUUAUUCAUGACAGUUAAUUUGAAGAAAAUAUAUUUUGUAGUUUGAUGGUUUUAAAAUACUGUUUUAAAACAGUAGUAAAAUUGACGUGUGAUUAUUAUCAGUUAGAAGUCUAAUGCCCUCUAUUUUACGGAACAAGUUUUUUAAACAAUGGCUUAAUAGAUUUACUUGCUCCCGUAAUCUUGGGGUACAUUCUGUGUAAAUGCGUUUUAAAAUUUUUAUGAAAAUCCUUUACGUUUACAUUAUUUUUGCAAGUAUCGGAAAUGUAAAAAUGUAUAUAAAUGUACUAUAACUCGUUUGUUAAGAAAUCACUUCGAUUUUUUUAAUAUCUAAUAAAUUAUUUUCUUUAAAA